UGUCUCGCAGCACCUCGCGACUUCGCCUCCCUUCACCUCCCCGGAGCCGUCAUGCCGCGCCUGCCUGUUGUCUGCCUGCUGCCUCGCCGCCGUGUGACCCUGCUGGUCCUGCAGCCUGGCCAGCGCCUGGCCCACUCGGAACCUCCACGUCAGCGCCCCGUGUCGACCUUAGAGGUGGCUAUUGCCCUGGUGGUGUUUUUUACCGCCUUCUUAACCCCCAGUGGGUAUGUGCUGAGCAAUCUGAACCAGUUCAGAAGAGAGUAG